UACCUUUGUACUAUUCUAGCCUUUUUCAAGGAAAAGCGAAUCUUGCUUUCAGGGAAAAAGACAUUUCUGGGAUACCCCUCUAUUAAGCUAUUUGGUUAUCGGGUUAACGGUUUCGGAAUAAGUAUAACCGAGGAAUAUAUAGCCGCAAUAAAA